UGAUGUUCCAGAGUUUCUGGGGAAAGCUGUUUAAAGGGUCUUUUUUCCAUCAGAAUUCUCAAUGGCCAAGUUUCUCUCCUUCCUCUUCAUUUUCUCCGUCUCACUUUUUAUUUCGGCUUCGAUCGCCGGAAAAAAUGACGAAUUUGCCGAAGUUAAAAAGAAGAAGGGAAUUCGAUAUCGAAGCGAGAAGAUGAGCGUCUUUGAAUUCUACUGGCACGAUAUAGUGAGCGGUUCAAACCGGACGUCCAUGAUGGUGGUGCCCCCGGCCCCGAAUGCCACGGCCAACGGGUUCGGCGUCGUGAAUAUGAUCGACAACCCGUUGACGGCCGGGCCGAGCCCUAAUUCCAAGCUAAUUGGACGAGCCCAAGGAUUUUACGCCUUGGCCUCGCAAGAGCGAGUGGAGUUAUUGAUGGUUAUGAACUUCGUCUUUGUCCAGGGCAAGUACUGCAAUAGUACCAUAAGUGUGCUCGGUCGAAAUCCGGUUUUCGACGCUGAGAGGGAGAUGCCGGUGAUCGGCGGCAGUGGGCUUUUCCGGUUUGCUCGGGGCUAUGUUAAGCUCAAGACUAAUGACUUCAAUCUAACCACAGGAGAUGCUGUUGUUAAGUAUACUGCUCAUGUGCUGCAUUUUUGAAUUUUGAUGUUUUGGUUGGAUACUUUUUUGGGCCACUUUAUUUUUUGUCAUUUGAAUAAUAAUAGCUUUUUCAAUUAUUGUGUUGGCCACUUCUGGCCUAUGCUGCCCCAGUGCUUUUGUAUUUUUGUACCCUAUUGAAUUGGCUUUGCCUUUAGUCAUGAAAUAAAUAGAUAUUACUUCGAAUUUCGUGCA